AUGUCUAUCGAUGUCAGUCUGUUCAUAUAUCUAUCUACCUCAGUUCAUAGUUCAUAUCUAUCUAUCUAUCUAUCUAUCUAUCUAUCUAUCUAUCUAUCUAUCUAUCUAUCUAUCUAUCUAUCUCAGUUCAUUAUGUAUCUUUCUAUCUAUCUAUCUCUGUUCAUAACUAUCUAUCUCAGGGUAGGAACACAAGUUCAUUUAAUCACACUAUCUAUCUCAGGCUGUUCAUAUCUAGUGAUCUAUCUAUCUCUCUUCAUAUCUAUCUAUCUAUCUAUCUAUCUAUCUAUCUAUCUAUCUAUCUAUCUAUCUAUCUAUCUAUCUAUCUAUCUCUGUAUGUUCAUAUCUAUCUAUCUCAGUUUAUAUAUCUAUCUAUCUAUCUAUCUAUCUAUCUAUCUAUCUAUCUAUCUAUCUAUCUAUCUAUCACAGUCUGUCUUCUUAAAACAAAACUGCCUUUUUUCUUAUCUCCAUUUUGUUUUCUUCCCUAGGACUCUGAACUACAAAAACAUAAAAAUGCAGAAUGAAAAGUUGCCUCCUGCUCCAUUCUUUAAUCCACGCAAAAGACUACGAAAAGCUGUUGUUGCAGAUCCUAAUGCUGAUCUGGAAAAUCCAGAAAUUGGUUGGGACAGUUCCUUUGAAAACAACAAUCACAGCAUUAAUAGGAAAGGUCAAAACUGGGGCCAACAGCAUUACCCUGAGCAGAAGGCCUCUUAUUCCUCCGCAAAUUAUUCAGCCACUUUUACAUCUGGACAAACAAGAUUAUCAAAUCCAAGAAUCAGUCCCAGACUGCUUGGCGAAAGCAGCAAUAACAUGACUCCAAGCAGAAGAGACUAUUUAGGCCUGCCUAACAACCACAGAGCCACAUUUUAUUCUCAUACACCAUCAGCCAGGCCCAGUCCACAAGGUCUUAUUCCAAUGGCUAAUCAAAGGACAUUUACAGCUUCUAAUACCUGUGCAACCAAUGCACUGGAUGCAAAAAUGAUUUCAAAACAUCCCAACCAAAACAGAAAUUCUAAUGCUGGCAACAAAAUGAUGACAAAGGACUGUGCUGAAACUUACUGGACUCCUCAACCCAGAAAUCAAGUGAAAACAAGAUCAUUACCUCAGCCAUUUCAACCAACAUCCUGUCGUCAACUUCUUGGUGGUGAGAGUUCCAAUUUAAUGGCUGCUAUGCUAGAAGCUGAUGCAGCACCAGAUUUUCCUACUUUCAAUCAGAAUGGUCCACGUAUGGAAGUAACUGAAAAAAAGGCAAAACCUGUAAAAAGUACAAGUGCAAUCCAGGCAAAUAAGUCCAAAACAGCUGGCCAAGUAAAUAUCAUUUCUCCAGUAUUUAGUACAACUAUCAAGCAACUGAAACAAUUAUACAACCAAUACAAAAACAAGUUCAACAUGAUCUUUGAAGUUUAUGGUGUUCUAGAUUCUGCCAUGAACCCUAACCCCGCCCGUACAGGCAAGCAGUUUAUUCUGAGAGAUGAAACAGACAGAAUCGAAUGUGUCUUCUAUGAAAUCAUUACUUUCUUUUUCUAUCUAUCUAUCUAUCUAUCUAUCUAUCUAUCUAUCUAUCUAUCUAUCUAUCUAUCUAUCUAUCUCAGUUAUUUUCAUAUCCAUCUAUCUAUCUAUCUAUCUAUCUAUCUAUCUAUCUCAGUCCUUUUCAUAUCUAUCUAUCUAUCUAUCUAUCUAUCUAUCUAUCUAUCUAUCUCAGUCCUUUUCAUAUCUAUCUAUCUAUCUAUCUAUCUAUCUAUCUAUCUAUCUCUGUAUUUCGGUCCUUUUCAUAUCUAUCUAUCUAUCUAUAUCUGUUUGUAUCUAUCUUUAUAUCUAUCUAGCUAUCUCUUGAUCUCAGUCUGUUUCUAUCUAUCUAUCUAUCUCUUGAUCUCAGUCUGUUUCUAUCUAUCUAUCUAUCUAUCUAUCUAUCUACCUAUCUAUCUCAUUCUGUUUAUAUCUAUCUAUCUUAAUGACAAUUUAUCCAUCGCACCCUCUAUCUAUCUAUCUAUCUAUUUAUCUAUCUUUUCUGUCUUGCUCUCUAUCUAUCUCAAUAUCUAUCAGUCUGUUUCUAUCUAUCUAUCUAUCUAUCUAUCUAUCUAUCUAUCUAUCUAUCUAUCUAUCUCAGAUAGAGUCCUACCAAGAUUGACACGUGGUCACUGGCAACGAUGCAUAGGACUAGCAGAUAAGGAAAAACGUAAGCUGACAUGUAUUUCUGUACGUCCUUCAAGCAUUGAGGAGAGAAGAGCUGUCCAACUGCUGGCCCCAAUUCUUGAUCAUCAUCUGCAAACAAUGGAACAGGCAUCAAAGUAA